GCCUGGCCGCGAAACCGCAGAGGGCAGGUACUGGUGGAAAAGUCCAGCGGUGAUUCACCUCCUCCCUGCCCUGCCCUCCCCACAGCUCAGCCUGCAGCCUGGGGGUUGGUAGCACCCACCCUACCGCCCAGUGAGAGAGGGCUGUGCCCAGCCCUGUCCAUCCUGUCCGCUUCCCUCCAGAGGAGCAGAAGCCACACCAGAGGGGCGAGGCUGGGUCUCUUAGCGUCUUCCUGGGGACUCUGCUGGGGACACGGGAGCCCAGGAGCUGGAUAAAGGGAUGAGGGAGACUUAAAGCCCAGAGAGGAGGUGAGACUUACCUAAGAGAACACAGCAACCUGAAGACACAGCUCCCCGCUUACUGUACCGCUCGUUCCUCUCGUCCCUGCAGGCUGGCCUCUCCCACCAUCCUGCCCACGCCCAUCUGCAGCCUCCCAGCCCAUCCAUGGCUGCAGACGACAGAAAAGCGGCAGCUCCCAAGGAGGGGCUUCCGGUGGUUCCCUGGACCCCUGAGGAGGGCCCAAGGCCAGACCAGGAAGCCAGGGAGCAGGUGAAGGAUCGAGGCCAGUGGAACAACAAGAUGGAGUUCGUGCUGUCCGUGGCCGGGGAGAUCAUCGGGCUGGGCAACGUCUGGAGGUUCCCCUACCUCUGCUACAAAAACGGGGGAGGAGCGUUCUUCAUCCCCUACUUCAUCUUCUUUUUCUCCUGCGGCAUCCCGGUGUUCUUCCUGGAGGUGGCGCUGGGUCAGUACACCAGCCAGGGCAGUGUCACAGCCUGGCGGAAGAUCUGCCCCCUCCUCCAGGGCAUUGGGCUGGCGUCCGUGGUCAUCGAGGCCUAUCUGAACAUCUACUACAUCAUCAUCCUGGCCUGGGCCCUCUUCUACCUGUUCAGCUCCUUCACCUCCGAGCUGCCCUGGACCACCUGCGCCCACUCCUGGAACACAGAGCAUUGCAUGGACUUCCUGAACCACUCCGCAGCCGGCGCCACGGGCCCGUCCGAGAACGUCACGUCCCCCGUCAUGGAAUUCUGGGAGAGACGUGUUCUGAGCAUCAGCCCUGGCAUCCAGCACCUGGGCGGCCUGCGCUGGGAGCUGGCCCUGUGUCUCCUGCUUGCCUGGGUCGUCUGCUACUUCUGCAUCUGGAAGGGAGUCAAGAUCACGGGCAAGGUUGUCUACUUCACAGCCACAUUUCCCUACCUGAUGCUGGUCAUUCUGUUGGUUCGAGGUGUCACCCUGCCCGGAGCCUACGAGGGCAUCAUCUACUACCUGAAACCAGAUUUGCUUCGGCUCAAGGACCCCCAGGUGUGGAUGGACGCGGGCACCCAGAUCUUCUUCUCCUUCGCCAUCUGCCAGGGGUGCCUGACGGCCCUGGGCAGCUACAACAAGUACCGCAACAACUGCUACAGGGACAGCAUCGCGCUCUGCUUCCUCAACAGCGGCACCAGCUUCGUGGCCGGGUUUGUGGUCUUCUCCAUCCUGGGCUUCAUGUCCCGGGAGCAGGGCGUGCCCAUCUCUGAGGUGGCCGAGUCAGGCCCCGGCCUGGCCUUCAUCGCCUUCCCCAAGGCCGUGACCAUGAUGCCCCUGUCCCAGCUGUGGUCCUGCCUCUUCUUCAUCAUGCUUAUCUUCCUCGGGCUGGACAGCCAGUUUGUCUGUAUGGAGUGCCUGGUGACGGCCUCCAUGGACAUGUUCCCCAGGCAGCUCCGGAGAAGCGGGCGGCGGGAGCUCCUGAUCCUUGCCAUCGCGGUCACGUGCUGCCUGAUCGGGCUCUUCCUGGUCACUGAGGGUGGGAUGUACCUCUUUCAGCUGUUUGAUUACUACGCCUGCAGCGGCACGUGCCUGCUCUUCCUUUCCGUGUUUGAGGUGAUCUGCAUCGGCUGGGUGUAUGGGGCCGACCGUUUCUAUGACAACAUUGAAGACAUGAUUGGCUACCGGCCAUGGCCCCUGGUGAAGAUCUCCUGGCUCUUCCUGACCCCUGGCCUUUGCCUGGCCACAUUUUUCUUCUCCUUGAGCAAGUACACACCUCUCAAAUACAACAACGUCUAUGUGUACCCGGCCUGGGGAUACUUCAUCGGCUGGUUCCUGGCUGGCUCCUCCAUGGGCUGUGUCCCACUCUUCAUCAUCGUCACCCUCUUGAAGACCCGGGGUUCCUUCAAGAAGCGCCUGCGGCAGCUCGUCACCCCUGACCCCAGCCUGCCGCAGCCCAAGAGACACCUGUGUCUGGAUGGUGGCAGUGGCCGGGACUGCGGGCCUGCCCCACUUAAGGAGGGCCUCAUGGCUGGGGAGAAGGAGACGCAUUUGUAGGAUGUACCCGGAAGCCAGGUGGCUCUUGUGCCCCCAGCGGACAGCUUCACCUCUGCCCCCUCCCGCAGCCUUGCCGAGAAACUCUGUGCUGUCCGUGGGCAGCCCCUCCCGGGGCUGGAGCAUGCCGUGUUGGAAUUCAGCAUCUGAUCUGAGCCGGAGGUGGUCUUCCUAAAGCCCGCUGUCUGAUUAUGACAACUGCAGUGUGCACGGGGGCGCGUGCCCUCUGUGGGGGGCUUCCUCUUACCAUCUCUGGGCUUGGAGAGGGUAGAGCCAUGUCAGACGUGACCACUGACACCCAUGCUGGAUCCCGAUGUUCUGCUGGAGGGGACCCCUCACCUGGCUUAGCGUCCUGGAGUCUACGGGGAGGAACCAAAGAAAGACACAGCCACUGUUGUCUGGCAUUUUCCUGGGGACAGGCUCUCCAGGCGUCCCCAGCUCCAGCCCGCCUUGCAGCGUUGUCCUCGAUGCAUGGAGUGUGGGGGUGGCAGGGGCUCGGGGUGGCACAGCCUGCACCCGGGACAGACAUUCCCCAGCUCAUGACCUUCUGAAGACAGAGCUCCUGGCAGCUAUUUGCUGUUCUGCCUUUGUCCCAACCCUGACGUCGUGGACGAGGAAACUGAGGACCUGAGAGACAAAGUCCCUUUUGCAGUUCACACAGCUGCUCAGGGCCAGAGACACGGCUAAAGCCUCCUGCUCUCAGGCCAGUGGCCCCCCUCACCUCCCUCUCCUGCCUUGUUAACAAGCCCCAUGGAGCGCUUGCCGCCUGUGCCA